AUGCCAGGGCUGACGAGCGCCGUUGAUGCCAUAACAUACAAUGCACGUGUAGUGGGCGUCACUUACCAUGAUAUUGGCGGCUACAAUGGACUUGAUGAUGUCUUUCGCCCAGACAUGAAUCGCAAGGCACUCCAAUCUGCCUUUGAGAAAGCGACGCAAGAAGGAACCAAUAUCCGUGCCUUGAUGAUAUCGAAUCCACAUAAUCCACUAGGAAGAUGCUACGUCUGUAACCUCUCUAUCUUUUAA